AUGACGCGUUUGGUUCUGACGCCGCCAGAAAGUCGUAGGGUUUCCACGGCGUCUUCCACCAACGAUUCGUCUUCCCUCGUACUCCUCUCCGGAGUUUCCGCGCCGCGGGUCUGUUCAUAGGUUGCGCGGUAGUAAAGGCAUGUUGUCAGUAGUUUUUUCUUUAACACUAAGAAUAACUGCCGAGAUAAACGCGAGACACUGGCGGUACAUUGACGAGCUCGCAAACAUCUCGCUUUUUUUCUCGCGCCGGUCUCGCAUUUUUCUGGGCGCCAGCUCGCACUUUUCUAGGCGCGAGCUCGCAUUUCUCUCGCAAUUUGAAAAUUUCCGAAAUGCAAGAUAAAUGCGAGAUGGCGCCGAGAAAAAUGCGAGGUCGCGCCGAGAGAAAUGCGGGAUCGCGCCUAGAAAAAAGCGAAAUUUUUGCGAGUUAGUCAAUGUACCGCCACCGAGCUCGCGUUUAUCUCGUCAGUUAUUCUUAGUGAAUUUAUUUUAAAUCGAAUUCAAAUAAUUAGUUCAAAUUUCAAUUUAUGGAUACUGGCAAAGUACUCAACUGUUAUCAUAUGAAAAAUUUCAUCUGUCGGAUAUAUUAAAUGAAGCUCACAUACUGAAAAUGUUCAUAAGAACUCAUUCCUUUUUUUUCCAACCUCAAGAACAUCGUACAAGCUCAGUUUCAAAUGAGAAGUCCCAAAAUCUUUUUGAGCACACGAUUCUUGGACUUAUUAGAAUUCUAGCAGUUUCAAUUUAGCUUUAAACGUUUUUACAGUUAAAAAAGCAAAAUUAUAGUUCACGAAAAUCUACGUGUUUUUUUCCUAUUUCAUAAUUCGUUAUUAGCUUUUAUGCUUCUUUAUAUUUAUCUGUUUUUUUUUUGUAUUUUUUUCAAAACUUCUAUGCUUUUCAGCGCGUAGGCUCAUGAUGGAGAAUCCGUACACAUGCGGUACGGAACUCGACGAACUGAGUCCAGAUGAUUCAAUAAUAGACUAUUCUUCAUUUUGCGACGACAACUUCGUUUUAAUCAUCUUACUCACUUCAAACGGUUCUUUCCAUUUUUUUUUUUCAAUGUCUCAUUUUUGCACAAUUUAAGGUGAGGCACAAUCUUACUUCGAAAAUGGGAGGGAAAAGCCGAGGAAAUGCGUGGUCAACGUUAGAGCCGCUUGUUCCACCGGCGCAGAUCCCGUCAGAGUUUGUAUAGGUUUGUUUUUCCGCGUAUUCGCUGUCUUUUGGCUGCUCUGGACUUGCACUGACUUUGGAGUUGUGUCAAGGACGAAAUAAUAUUUUUGAAGGAAGUCAAGCGGCUUUCGUGUUAUUCGGCCUUUCCGACGGCAACCUACUUGUCAUGCCCAUCAAAACGCUGAUAGUAAGUUCCACAGGCCUUUUGAUGAACGGGGGAACCAAAAUAAGUGCUCAUUGAGUUGGGUUAGCCUAUUAGAUGUCACUUCCAGCCUCAAGAAAAAAAAAAUGAAUCGAGCAGGUGUCGCGUUGCGGCUCAAAUGAAUUACGAGCUUCCUUCUUUUUCUGCUUUAUACAUGUCGGUAGAUUUGCAGGGAUUUUUUCUUUUUUUGCGCGUCAAUAAUCCAUCAUGCGUCUUGUAGUUGUUGUCUCUACGAAGUCACAUGUUAACAGAAACAAAGAAAAACACGGAGGAUUUUUAUUGACUUCCCCAACCACUUGAGGGUGGAUUUUUCGGCUCUUGUUUGAUCGUGCUCAUUUGGCCACUAGAACUUCUUUUAAAGAUUCGAAAUUUAGAAAAAUUGGAGGAAUUUCUCUACCGAAAAACAUGAUUAUUCUAGAUUACUGGAGACCUAUGUUUUAUCAUCAAAUUGAAGUCAAACUUGGUUUAGACUCGAUGGUGGGAGUUGUGGAGAGAAGAAUCGUAUAAAUUCGGAAACACUUAUUUUUUGAAAAAGGAAGGAAAGUUUUGUCACUAGAAAAAAGUUUACACGUUAAGUUUAUGGUUUUUUGAAGAGAUUCGAACAAAUUUAAAAAGGGCUCAAUUGUGGAAGUAAAACAGGAUCUGCAGGACGUGACAUGGGGCGGCUCCUCGUGGAGCUCGACGUCAGUGAUCGACCUCGCCCUUCCUUCGGUGGACCCUUGUCUAGCCUUUCCGACUUCAAUCCAGUGCUUCGUAUCGAACUUCCCUCCGAGAACACUUGCUGUCGUUUCCAACAAGGUGAUUAUCAGCGUUGUCGGAAACUUAUUCAGGAUUAUCUGGAAGGAUAAACGGCGGUAUGAAAACAAAACCAGCGAAAUUUUGAACGGCGACUUUUCCGAUUAUUUCAUAUCGCUAGGGAACUUUGCGGCGAAUUCCUUUACGACUUUUUCCCUUAUUUUUUUCGGUUUGUAAAAAAAUAUCAUGAAUAAAUUACCUGCUUUAUAUAGGAAGAUUCCUAACGAAGAGAUUAUCGAAAAAAAAAACCGGAAAAGGAUUUGUCGGAAAGUUCCCUAGUGAUAUGAAAAAAUCGGAAAAGUCGCCGUUUGAAUUUUCUCUGGUCUUUUUCCUGUACCACCGAAUAAAAUUUUUGACUCAUUAAUCGAAACACCUACAGAUUUUUUUUAGAGUGUUCAUUCUUCUAAAUAAACUCCCACCAUUUAUAAUUUCAGCAAUCCCCAUUGUACUCACCUGCGAAAAACUCAUUGAGACUAGUUUUAGGCUGGUAACAUCCUCAUCGUGGAUCUUCUCCUCAGACGCUGCACGGCAGAGUUGAGAGCGCCUCAGAGUGUCCAUCGCAUGGAAAUGUUCACCGAUGAAAACUCCAUCGAAUUGCUCGUACUUAAUGUAUCUAACUACUCGAUGAAAAGCCCGACUCUAGGUAACUGGCUUCACUGGAGCGCAGUGGAUCAUCCCGCUCGAACGCAACGGCCGCGGAAUGUCUGAAAUCUUGACAACUUGCGUUCCGGCCGAUCUUCAGCAGGUUUCUUUUCGAUGUCGUUAUAGAAUUGAAAUCACUCAAAGUUUUCUCAAAUUAAUAAUAUUUCAAGAUAUUGGGUGGUUUAUUUCGAGAUCAAUGCGAGGUGAGUGAAGCAUUCUGCUCUAUGGUUUCCUUUUUAUUAGCUUUUUAUUCUUCCUACUUCUCUAGCUAUCAAAAAAAGAUCUCUCUUCUAAAAAUUUUGUUUCUUCCAUAAGAUUCAGAUAAUCUUACUUCGUUGAUUGAUAGUUUUGAAAAUGUCAUUUUUUGAACGCUUAACUCAUCUUUUUUCUUCUAUGAUUCACAAUGAGAACGGCUUUGAAAGUUUGACGGCUUCUCUUUCAAAAUAAGACAAUUCUUAUACAACCUCUUGGCUGUUUGCUUUCCGUGUAGUUGUGAAGUACGAAUGGAAAUGUGGAGCUUGUGAAAUCGAUAUCUUGAUUAAAGGCAUAGGGGCUGUAAAAAAUGGGGUUUCAGGUGAAAGCAGUAUCUUAUAUAGUUUUUCUUUGCGAAUCGAAUGGUGUACUCAAAAAAAUUACAGAUGUGACAAUUUUAGAAGAAAAACGCGAUUUUACUUUCCCGCCUUCAAUUUAGAAAAAAGCUUUGGAUCGGCCUGCGGACAACUGUUUACAGUAGCCGUGCACGCGAUGUUGCAGACGUCUCAUUAGACUCGCAAUUUAUAAGAAAUAACCGGAUAUCUCUUCAAAUUAAGGGUUUUUUCUCUGAAAAAUCGAUUAAGAAAACAGAAAACAUACAUUGAUAAUAAAGAAAACACAAAUAAUCGCUAUCCCAAUCGAAACCUGUGUAAAAUCAUCAUUUUUCACCAGAAACGCUUUUUUGCGAUCAAAAUUUGCAAAUUAUACAUGAAUAGAAAGCUUUUGUGACGAAAAGAACUUUGGUGACAACAGAAAAAAUUGAAAACUAAAAGAAACGAAGAAAAAAAGCGAAAGUGAAGGAACUUCUGUACGUUUUCAAGUUCACCGUUCGAUUUGCGAUGAAAAGCUCUAUAAAUUACUGCUUUGAACUGAAACACCGUUUUUUACUGCCCCCUAUGCCUUUAAAAAAGAAACUUCACUAAGUCAGGCUUUGAGAAUCGCUGGAAAAUUUCUCGUUUUUUUUUUAAAGUAUUUGGCUUUGACCAAGAAAUUUUGCUGAUUUUCAUUAUUUUCUGAAAACGUGAUUUCUCAAAGUUUGCACCGUAAUAAGAUCUAGAAGAACAGUUACUUGUCAGAAGCUUUUAGGUGUCAUUCCGUCAAAGGAAAGUUAGGACAAACCCUUUUUGAUUAUAGUGUGAUCCAAUGAGCUUCUGAGCAAAUUUCCAACAAUUUAUGAAGUCUGACAGUAGAAAUUUCUUGUGAGCUGUUUCAUGGAAAGCUCUUAGUUCAGUUGUAUUGAUUUUCAUUUAGAUUUUUAUUCUUUAUAGUGCCGGAGUUUUAUUUCAGUUGGAACCUGUGACUUGCCAACUUUUCUCUUUUGAUAAAAACGUUUUGGCGUUGGAUUCGGACUCGUGGACCGUUGAAAUUUACAGCACGAUCAAUAGCGUCGCUCACUCGACCAAAAAGAGAUACAAAGUUAGUUUUCAUCGAACUGUGGAAGAUUAAUUUUCUGUUUCAGGUUCCAGACAACACCUGGAUGGUGCACUUCACAGACAACGUUAUUUUUGCAAUUGGGAACGACGGACAACUCAGAAGUUCUGUGCACAUGGGGGUUCGUUCCUCCUUUUUGAAAUGUUCGGUUAUUGAAAGAGCUACUGAUAAAAAAGAAGCUUGGAUAUUCGAAUCCAUUCUCCUCCAGAAGAACACGCUUAUGUGCGACUCCGACUUAUCAUUAGACUCACAGAAAACCCUUCACAAGAAGUCAAUGUCAUCUCAAACCUCUUUUCUAAAUAUAACUCAACGUCUUCAGUACAACUCCAAGACAAAAAUCGAGGAUUCAUUAUUGAAGGUGGCGAACGCGCGACUGGAGUACUCGCUGGUGAAGAACUCGGCCGAGUGGCGGCCUCUGGGAAUGGUGACGAUGCCGAGACGUUCAGGUCGUCUCCCAGGCGUUUUCCUCGUCAACGAGCGCGGCCUCGUUCGCAUCCAACAUAACUCUAUCAGGUCCGAAAUAUUCUUUUUUCUCAUUAUCACAGCUGUUCAUUGGUCUUUUCGUUUUGCAGUAACUCGAAACUUCCUCUCUCUUGUUUUCUUUUUUCUCUCUUUUCUCCUGCAAAGUUACUUUAGUUGGACCUUUUGCCGAUCCCAUUUUUUCGAAGAGGCCAGUUGUCGGUGUAUUUGAUUGACCGAUAUGUUGGGUCGUUUGGGGGCAAGCAGCGAAUCAUUUCGUCCUUUGCAAAAUUGACUUCACGAAAUUAGUUUGGUCACUGCUGUUUUAAAUCACAGAAAAAAAUUUGAUUUUCUAGGAAAAUAGUACUGAUUUGAAAAGAAAAAAAAAACGAAAAGUAAAACUCAAAGCUUUUUUUCAUAGUUUAUAUGAAUUCGAUGAUAGCUGUGAAGGAUUUUUCGCGGGCAAUUAAAAAGAACGAAAUUUUGAAGUAAUGUGGACUCUAGAGAACUUAAAAGAAUUUGAGCUUCCGACUAGACUUAUUAUCCGUAUAGAGUCAGAUUUUUUGAAUAUGAUUUGUUGUUUUUUAUUUUAGAAAAUUUCCGCGUUAGAAAUCGAAAUAAUAUGUCCAGACUUAUGAUCAGCUACUUUCUUCGAGUUAUUCUGAUUUGAAAGCGGUGAGCGUUUACUUUUCACUAAUUUGCUGGGAAUCGCUCACUAGGACGAAUCCGCUUUGAGAAGCAUAAUCCUCUGAAACGAAGCUGCGACUUUGCGCAUCAAUGACAUGCGAGAAGUUUUUAUGAGUAGCGGAAAUGUGGAAGGAAGUGCGAGGAGAUAUUUUUAUGAGACGAUCGUCUUCUACCACUGGACACGAUGAAGAUCGAGUAGGCAUCAUUUUCUUGCGCUUUGUUUGUUUACGCGACCCUUCGCACGCUUAAGCCGUUCACUCGAUUCCCCAAUGUCUCGUGUGUCAUUUUACAUAUCUCAUCAGCUGAUUUUGUAGGAAAAUAAUUUACAAGAUUCGCCUACAAUCUCAUGGUUACAUAUUUUUUCUUUGAUAACGUUUAUGUUGUUUUUUUAAUGGCAGAUUGACUUGUUUCCUAUCACAUGUGGAAUGCAAAUUGACGUCCAUCAAGCUCCGUUUUAAUUGUGAGGCCCUCAAAAAAUUGAAUUUUUUGUAGCAUAACUCUCACUUAACUUUGAUGUUUUGAUAUUGAUGACAAAAACUUUCCCCAGUCUAAAUUCUCCAAGUUACAGAAGAUUUUCUUCCCAUAAUUUGUUUGCUCCAACUUGGAAUCCGACAAUCGCACAUGGAUUGGUUUGAAUCUUAACCUCUGACUCUCAGGUUGAAGAAAAAUAAGAGAACAAAGAUCAUCAAGAUGAAAAUAAUCUCGAAACACCCUUCUUGCGAUAUACUGUGAAAAGCUCAGCGCCAUUCUGCACUUUAUUGCUGUUGAAUAUUUCAAAAAAAGACUAGCCAUGUUGGCGUACUUUUUGAAAGUGCGAGAGUCAAUCUAUCUAAUGCGGUGACCCUCUGGGGCAAGUGAGAUCUGUGUGGAGCUCGAGAACGGCGGCGAGCAGACGAACAGCUGUUUGCUGGCAGCUCAAGCUCUCUCCUAGGCUUUUCGGCUCUUUCUUUUCGCCCUCCGUCUUUUUCCUCAUUCAUCCUGUCAGUUGUGAUUUACCUCGUCAGGCCUGAUGAUAUCGUCUCCCAGAACUUUAUUUUCGCUCUCAUAUAUUAGAUCGAUUUCAGCUCGCUCAAGUCGGUGGCCGCCGAAUUCCUAUUCCGUUUGGCGCCGUUCUCCUCCAAGUACAUUGUCGAGGUGGCCGACGCAUGUCGCAUCGACGCGGCCGAUCUUCAGGUCAAUCUUCAUUCAAAACAAAAAAUAGUUCAAUAUCACAUUUUUACAUAGUAUUCGAACGUUUUAAAAAGGAGGAAUCUGCAUCUAAAUAUGAAUUUUCUAAUAAAUAUUGGAUUGUAUUUUCUUUCAGAGAUCUCUAAUUUCUACCAUUUUGGACUCGAGGCGCAGACGGCGACUUUCGCGACAGGAUAUUUCUCGCCUCGUCACCAUCUCUAAAGCUAUCAAUGUUCUUCAAAUAUGGUCCCAUUCUCAUUAAUUUCCGUGUUUCAGACGAGUAUGACGCAGCUUGUCGAAAUUUUCGAACAAAAUGGACUUGAAGAGCAGUUGCUUCCAGAGGUCUUGUACUGAAAAAUCCUGGAGGAACAAAUUAUUUUAGGUUCUGUCCACUAUCGAGAAAGAGGGAAGGGCUAAAAGCGCCAAAAUGUUACCAAAGGUCGUGGAUCUUUUUGUGAAGAAAGCUUCGGGCUCAAGUUUCGAAGAACGACGUGUGGCGGAUGUGCAUUUGAGGUUGGCAUGAGGUUCUAUGUAGAUGGAAGCUAGAUUUUUUGACGUUGAUGGUAAAAUUUUUUUUUUUUAAAAAACGAAAGUUUUUUCAGCAACUUUCUCGCCAAGUACGAGGAAGUCUCCAAUGGCGCGGACAGUUGCAUCCGAGUCGGUCUGUGGAGAAGCGGGACGACUUUGGCGGCUCGCCAGCAGGAUCGCGGAUCCAUCGCCGCGGUUCUGCUUCGUUACGUCAUCAAAGAAGGCCAUCGGUUGUGGAAAGACGCCGAUUUCGCGGAUCGGCUCCAGGUGCGGUCAUUUCAUUUUUCAACGAGGUCCAGCCUUGUGCAGCUUUUUAGAGCCAAUUCAAAAAUAAAGUGAAUAAAUUCUCAAUUUCUCUGUUUUUGCGACAAACCUCAAAAAUAUGUUCAGUAACCCUUUUUCAGGUAUAUAACCAGUUUUAUUAUUCUUUUUCUGAAAAACUAUUCAUUUGAUUUGGAUAAAAAAAAGUGGUUUCUAACUUGAGAAGUUUUAAAGAGCUUGUGCAAGUAGUGGGAGAUUUUUUUAUCGAAUAAUAUUUCUAGAUUUUGACCACUAUUUGCCAACUGGACUGGACGCCUUUGGAAGAGGGCGAAGCGGCCCGACUCUGCGCUCUUCUUUCGGCAUGGCAGCGGGACAUUUCCUCUCCUGCAUACCACGAAUCUUGUCUCCGGAUCGCCAAGCAGUAUUCGGAGAAGUACUUUAGAAAAAAUGAAUAUAUUGGGCAUAUCACACUUUUCAGAUUCCCUCGACCGUGCUCCAUCCUAUAUUUGGUCUCCGCUAUGUAUAUUCUGGCCGAAUGCCGCCAACUGGAGGUGAACAGCUUUUUCUUGAGUUUCUCCAAAAGUCCCGGAUUUUUAGUCCAAGUCAUUGCCUACCUCGAACCCAUUAAGCGCUGGUCUCAACUGCGGCGCGGCGAUUUCCCUCGAUGACCGCGUCAUGCUCUGGGGCGAUUUCAGCAAUCUUCAGCAGAAAACCGUCGACCCUUCCCGUUGGUCAUCAGCCUUCGACCUCUAUAGACUUGAACUUCAGAUCUUUCGCCUAAGAUCCGACGAAUCAAGCCGUCGACGUCUAGUGAGAGUACCAGCUCGAAUGCUUCUACGCCAACAAGUUCCAGCGUCAAUUUGCUUCCUGAAUCGGUGAUCAGAUAUUCAAUCUGAAAUAAACGCGUUCGUUCUCAGGCUUUACCGAGAGAGUUGAAAUGCUCUGGAGGUAGGCCUCGAGCUGUUUCUUGCGGCGCCGAACACGUCCUUGUCCUGACCAUGUCUGGCCAGCUAUAUGCCUGGGGUGGAAAUCGCUUCGGUCAGUGCGGCGUUGGUCACUGUUUCCGUCUUUCUGACCUUCAGGUUUGAUUCUUCUCCUCAUUUUUUGAAGAUAGACCGCUUUGGCUUUGAAAAUAAGUUUUUCUUUUUCAAGUAUAGUUACUUUCCCAAAAACUUUAGAUUAAUGGAAAACUCUUCUCGAUUCCUGUGUGAAAAACACACUUUUGCAGCUGAUCGACAGCAACAAGAAGUGGGGGAAGGUGGUGAGCAUGAGCGCCGGCCAAUUUCAUUCGGCGUUCAUUUGCGACAGCGGGUCUUUGUGGAUGUGGGGCUGGGGUCUCUAUGGACAGCUUGGAAUGGGCGGCCGAUCAACUUGCGACUCCUCAGCACCUGUCAGAAUCGACUUCUUCGACUCGUCCGUUUCUUCGGUCCAAACGUUUUGGUAAUCCUAGAUUUCCAGAAAAGUAGUCAGCGUGGCGUGUGGUCGAGUCCACACGGUGGCUCUGACGGAGGACGGGGAAGUUUUUGUUUGUGGCGGCGGAAGUUAUGGACAGAUGGGCGUCGACACCGACAUCCGCAAGACGUACAGCUUCCAGAAGCUUUGCAUUGAUGGUGAUUCCAAGGUAAAUACAAUAAAAGAUUUUUUGUUCAUAUAGUAUUGACAUCGUUUCCUUUACCGGCUUGAUUUGUGACGUGUCUUUUGAAAAGUUCUGCAAAAAGAACGUGGGGGAUGUCACUUGAGAUAUGCCUUUCUUGGUUGUAAUUUUUCGCCUCCUUAGCAUGAAAAGUUUAGGUUACUCAAAUCGCGACGAACUACUAUCAUUCCCUCUGUGUGACGGAGGACGGCAAAAUUUUUGAAUGGGGUCGAAAUCCACAAGAGCUGAAAAUGCGAAUGUUUGUGAUGAGGCGGCUGAAAAAUGCUCAACAGAAGGCUCUGAACGACGAGAACGAAAAGGAAGACGCUUUUUCUUCGCCUUCCGUUAGUUUCUUGUCGUUUUUUCGAAAAUGUUUCUUUUUCUUCAGAGACAGCCUUUGGACUUGCCGAUGACUGUUCCCAGGAAUGAUUUGGGCCUGCGAGAGAUCAAACACUUCCUUGAUGGGAAGGUUCGUGAAAGAUAACCGGAGUGUAUAACAUCUGCAGAAAUAAAACUGAAAGUAGAGGGGAGAUUGGUAUGAAUUCAGAUCACUCAACUUUCUGCCGGUCUUUCUCACUCGGCUCUCUUGACAGACAAAGGAAGUGUGUACACUUGGGGCAAGGCUUUGGAGCACCAGCUCGGCCACGGGAGCAAAAUGGAACGGCGAGAGCCUCAUCAGCUUUUCGAACCGAAAAAUACCCGCUGGAGCCUUGUUAGAUGUGGUCAGAGUGUUCUCGCAGUUGAGAGAAAGAAACAGCGUUCUCAGGUAACAAUCACACGUUUGCUGCCACCGCCGACGGACAACUCUACUCCUGGGGCCGGAACGACUUUGCACAGUGUGCUGUCGUUACUGAAAAACCGGCUGGUUUCAGUCCGCGACGGAUUCUUCUUCAAGCCAAGGUUCCUAGUUCGCUUUGAAAAAAAUAGGAUUGACUGAUUGAUGAUCAAAUCUCUUUUGAUAAUGAACAUUGGCUCAGUCAUAUUUCUAUGAAAACUUUCGUGUUCGCUCUCUGAUUUGAAAGGCAUGAAAAAGUAUAAAAAGAUGAAACUUGAAAAAAUAUGUCCUAAAGCGUAGUGCUGUAGUUUUACUCAGAACGCCAGAGAUUUCUGAAAAUUCUUCAAAAAUGUCUAAUUGAUGUCAAUUAAAGAAAAUUAUAAACGCGAAAAACCAACUUUGAAGAAUAUGUUUGUCUGUUAGUAAAUCAAAAACUGUGCUCGUCAGUUUUUUUCUUCAUCUGACUACACAUUUCUUUUAACAGACUGCGAUUUUUCAAAAAAAUCAGCAUUUAUUCAGCUUUUGAACAACUUUUUGAUCUUGAUCCUCAUGAAAAGACAAGUUUUUUUCAAAACAUAUUGACAAAUCUGAGAAAGAGGAAAGUUUGAAUGUUCGAAUAAAAUAUUUGGCGGAUUGAAGGACGGCGCUAACCGAAGAACGAUUCCUCUGCCUGACGACACAUCUUUCGUGACUUCUCCAACCCUCGUUCCGAACAUCUUGAUCCGCGGCACUCAGUCAGGCGACCUCCGCACGUCGAUUCUAGACGAGGACGAGCUCCUUCGCAAAAUUCGCGCCUGCGACGUUCACACCGCACAGGUUUAUCAAAAAUCAGAACUACUGUUUCAUAUUCGGUUUUGAGGCUGUGUCACGUCAUCUGUACGCGUUGAGCAAUGGAGAGUCCCUGAAAGGUUUUGAAGCUAGUCAAAUGAGCGAAAACGAGGUCUACGACGAGUCGAAAAACGGACCUCUUUGCACAGCGACUGCGUUUGUUCACCUGAUGGCUGGCGACGUCUUGCGCGCUAUUCGCGUCAUAUCUUGGUUGAAGAAGGACGAGAACGCUGUUCGUUUUUUUUUUCUCAUCUCGGAGAAGCUUUUUUCUCGGAAAAGGUUUCUAACGAUCCGUGUAACUCAUUUUCAGUUCUCAAUGUAAAAUAUGAGUUGAAUGAAGGGAAACUACUCCGAAGUUAGAACUUGGAGCGAAUAUUUUGAAUAAAAGUUUGAAGAGUAAGUAAGCGAUAGCUCAUUCAAAGGUAGUUUUAUUUAAAAAGUAGAUCAAAAUUCAAAUCUUUCAUGGUUUUUACUUGAAAUUUGAAGAAUUCUUACCUUAAAGUGUGUUAAAAUGGGUAAAUUUGAAGAAUUCUUACCUUGAAGUGGGUUUGAAGGACAAAGAGUCGCUUCGCGCUCUGAGCUCUUUGGUUUGGGAAGUCGUCGCCAACCACGAAGACGUGCAAACGCGUCGAGUUCUGGCGGCAGCUUUUCGCGAGGUUCCGAUGGCUGAAUCGAUGCGACGCGGACGUCAGAUCGCCCAACUGUGGCCUUUGGUGAGAACAACAGCUUCUUCUGAAUGCAAGCAGCUGAGUUUGAAGGUCUGGGAUGACGAGGACGCACAGGCGACGUUGAACGUCGAUGAGAAAAUCGCCAUGCUUGACGCCUUCACCGCUCCUGCCAAGCCGGUCAACUGCGUCUCGGUAAGAUUUCUAGAAACUGGCCAGAGCUUCUAAAAAUUUUUUUUCUUAUUUUUCUAUAAAAGGAAGAAAAUUCAUAGAAUGAAACCAAGAUUUGAAAGAGUUUUUCUGUAAUGAACAGCGAAACAAAUAUAGUUGCCAAAAACGUGUCUUUUUAUGGAAGUUAAUCUUCAACCGGAUCGUUUGAAAUUCUUACUUUCUCAAAAAAGAAAAAGUUUUACAUUGGUUUUCCUUUAGUUCAAGUCAAUUUUUGGUUAUGGUUGCGUGUACAGAAGUAAAACGAAAUGAAAUAAAAUACAUUUUCACAAAUAUAGUCACAAAUAUAUAAAUUGUUACUAAUAUAGUUUUUCCUAGGAGAACCUGACUGCAUAGUCUGAUUUUGGAUCUUAAAGCCACGAUAUCUGAAUAAGAGAAAUGAAAUCUUAUGGAAGAACUCUUGAACAGAACAAUUCUCAGGGAAGAAAUUGAAAAAAAGAACACACCUAUGCUUUUUUCGGAUACAUUUAAAGAUUGCUGUUCAGUUGCCGUCGUCAGCCCUGAAUGUCUCGUCGAAGAUCCGCGUUUUCUCGCAAUGCGCCCAUGCCGAACCGGCGAUGGUCGGCACGCCCUCCGAGUGUUCUGCCUGCCUCGAUGAGUGGACUGAGAAGGUCCGUGCCACCUUCAGCACAUAG